UCGCCCCCCUUUUCCCGCCCGGCCUCGGCCCUUCCCCCACCCCAGAUUCCCGGCACCCCCCUUCCGGGGACAGGAGGAGGGGGGGGGGCUGCAGUCACCCUAACGCAAAAGACCCAGGACCCCCGGGGGUCCCGGCCCCCCCCAUUACGGCUGAGCCAUGCAGGUCUCCAUCGCCUGCACCGAGCAGAAUCUGCGGAGCCGCAGCACCGAGGAGCGGCUCUGCACGGGGGGGCGCGGGGCGCCGGCCCCGGGGGGGCCGGGAAAUGGGGGGCACCCGCCCCCUAAGGGGGCCCGGGGGCUGGCGGCGGCGGCGGGGCUGCGGGCCCCCGGCCAGAACCUGCCCCACAUCGCGUUCCUGCUGCGGGAGUCCACGGGGCUGGCCACCGGCAUGAAAUACAGAAAUCUGGGGAAAUCCGGGCUCCGUGUGUCCUGCCUCGGGCUUGGCACCUGGGUGACGUUUGGCUCCCAGAUCUCAGACGAGACGGCGGAGAACGUGAUGACCAUCGCCUACGAGAACGGGGUCAACCUCUUCGACACGGCCGAGGUCUAUGCUUCCGGCAAGGCAGAAAAAACUCUGGGCAACAUCCUGCGAAGCAAAGGCUGGAGGCGAUCCAGCUACGUCGUCACCACCAAGAUCUACUGGGGUGGCCAGGCGGAGACGGAGCGGGGCCUCUCCCGGAAGCACAUCAUUGAGGGGCUGAGGGGGUCGCUGGAGCGGCUGCAGCUGGACUACGUCGAUAUCGUCUUCGCCAACCGCAUGGAUGCCAACAGCCCCAUGGAAGAGAUCGUGCGGGCCAUGAGUUACGUCAUCAACCAGGGCAUGGCCAUGUACUGGGGCACCUCGCGCUGGAGCGCCAUGGAGAUCAUGGAGGCGUAUUCGGUGGCCCGGCAGUUCAACCUCGUGCCGCCGGUGUGCGAACAGGCCGAGUACCACAUGUUUCAGCGCGACAAGGUGGAAUCGCAACUCCCCGAGCUCUACCACAAGAUCGGUGGGUGUGGGGCCGUGACCUGGUCCCCCCUGGCCUGCGGCCUCAUCACCGGCAAGUACGAGGAGCGGGUCCCCGAGAACUGCCGGGCCGCCAUCAAGGGCUACCCGUGGCGGAAGGAGAAGCUGCAGAGCGAGGACGGGCGGAAGCAACAGGCCAAGAUCAAGGAGCUGCAGCCCAUCGCCGAGCGUCUGGGCUGCACCGUGGCCCAGCUGGCGAUCGCCUGGUGCCUGCGCUCUGAGGGCGUCAGCUCCGUCCUGCUCGGGGUGUCCAGCACCGACCAGCUGAUCGAGAACCUCGGAGCCAUCCAGGUGCUGGCCCAGCUGACCCCGCCCGUCAUUCAGGAAAUCGACGCCCUCCUGGGCAACAAGCCCAAUACGAAAAAAGAGUCCCGGGCGUAGGGACACGUCGGCGCCCGGGACUGUGCACGCCCUUGUCCCACCGGACUGCGUAUCCCUCCGCCCGGCUCUCUGCACGGAGGAGGAGGUGCCGCUUCGCGCAUGACCUAAGACCACCCCCCCGUAUCCCUCCGCCCCCCACCCCGGCCGCUGCUUCGACCUAUCCCCGCGGCCGGCAUGAGCCAGGGGAUGGGCGGGCGAGAGGCCCCGCCCACCCCGCCAGCUUUCCCGCCGGAUCUCGCCCGCCGCUUCGCCUCCCCGUGGGAUCCAUGCUCCCGUUUUUAAAGGGACGGGCCACCGCCUCGUGCUGGGGGACGGGCGAGGGAUUCACGGACGGAGCUAACGAACAAGCCGACGUGCGGGACGGGGGGCACCUGUGGCUUUCCCUGUGCAACCCCCCC